AUCUUACAAAUCCAUAUGUAAAGAAUUUUCCUGAGUUGAAUCCAAAAUUUAAUACCAACAAGAACAACACCAAUAACUAUACUCUCAUUAAUUAUUAUUAUCUGUUACAAUUGAGCACCAAGAUCACUGCAAUACUUGCUGGUAUUGUCCAGAAUUAAUGCAAAGGACAUUUCUAUGGAUUUUCGACAAUCAUAUCUAUCUUUGAAAAUUUGAGAGCAGAUCAAAGGUUUUAUUACCAACUGAUAGAUACGACUGUCGAGAAAAUUCUGUAUCAAAUACGUAGCUGUGCCCAAAAAGCCAACUAAUAAUGGCAGACACCAAAGAGAGAAGCUAAAAGAAAAAAGAUGGGAUUUCUUACUAAUAAUUUUGACUUUUUUUAUCUUCACUUCUUCUUUUUUUGACUAUUGUACCCACAACAUUCUUUCUUCUUCACUGUUUUUUAUUUCUUUUGAUGUCCAAGGUCUAUCACUAAUUUUCAAGCAUCCAGUCAAGUUAUAGCAGCUUGCUUCGUAAGAUAGUCAAGGGAGUGAACUUCACUGCUUCAUUUUCAGUUCUAAUCUCAACACUUUUCAGACAGUAGGUCAGGGACAUAGCAAUGGAGCCCGUAGAGCCUGUUCUUGGCAUUGCCAAGUGUCUUGGACCUCCUGUUUGUAAAUACUUGAAAUAUCACAGAAAGCUGAAUGAUUAUGUGAGAAACUUCAAGAGGACCAGAGAUGAAUUGAAAUGCAAAAUGAAAGAUAUAGAGCUGCAAUUGAAAGCAGAGCUUCUUCGCCCUCUGGGGAAGAUACCGAAGCAGGGAGUUGAAAAUUGGUUGACAGAUGUGAAAGAGAUGAUUAGGGAAGCACAAGUUGUUGAAAACAAAGUCAGUAACGGGAGAUAUAUCUGUCGUGCUUGCAACGGGCAGCUGGUUGAUGAAAAGACUCGAGAAAUGAAGGAAUUUCUUGAUAGAGCUCCUAAUUCCUCUGAAGGUCUUGCUAUGGAUGGUCCAAAUGCUGGGUUGCCACUGCCAACAUCAGAACUAGUUGGAGAGGAAGCUGUCAGAAACGAGAUUUGGGCAUGUUUGAUGCAGAGGGAGGUGAGCAAGAUUGGGGUUUGGGGGAUGGGUGGUGUGGGUAAAACCACUAUCAUGAAGCACAUCCACAAUGAUCUUUUGAAACAUCAAAGAUUGAAAAGGGUAAUCUGGGUUACCAUAUCAAAGGAGUUCAAUGUAAUGAAGGUACAAGAUGAUAUUGCAGGUGCAUUGAAGUUGAGGGAAGAUUUGGCCAUAGAAGGAGACAAGCUCAGACGAGCAGCAAUCUUGUCAGAAAUGCUGAAAAAAGUAGGAAAGCAUGUUCUAAUCCUAGAUGAUGUGUGGGAUAAAGUCUCUCUAGAGGAAGUUGGGAUCCCCGAGCCCAGUGGCAGCAAUGGCUGCAAGUUGGUGUUGACAACCCGUUCCGAGCAUAUCUGUAAGUAUAUGGGUUGUAAGGUGAUAAAAGUGAAGCCCCUUUCAGAAGAAGAGGCAUUGAUACUAUUCUUGAAUAAAGUUGGACCUAGCAUAGUUCAAAGUCCAAAUAUAAUGCCAACUUUGAAGCUUGUUGUCAAAGAAUGUGCGGGCCUACCUCUUACAAUUGUUGUGGUAGCUGGUACCAUGAAUGGAGAAGAUAGCCCUCGUAUUUGGAAAAAUGCACUCAAGGAUUUGAAAGAGAGAAUAGGGAAAGUGGAAGGAGUAGAAGAUGAGGUAAUCGGGCGCUUGAAAUUUAGUUUUGAUCACUUGAAAGAUGGGAAAGUAAAAGAUUGCUUCUUGUACUGUGCAUUAUAUCCUGAAGAUUUUGAAAUUAGUAAGGAUGAACUAAUCGAGUGCUGGAUUGAUGAGGGAUUCAUAGAUGAAAUGGAUACAAGACAAGAAAUGGAAGACAAAGGCCUUGCUAUUUUGAAAAAGCUGGAAGAUAACUGCUUGUUGGAAAAUAUUACCAAUGAACUUGGUAUACCUCGCGUAAAGAUGCAUGAUGCAGUGAGAGACAUGGCAUUGUCGAUCACAAGAACGAAUCCUCAAUAUAUGAUACAAGCAGGCUUGCAAUUAAGAAAGUUACCGAAAGAGGAGCAAUGGAGUCCGGAUAUUGAGAAAGUGUCGCUUAUGUAUAACUCAAUAAAAUUUCCCAUAGAUGUGCUGCCCACAAAAUGCCAACUCCUCACAACCUUGUUAUUGCAGAAGAACCCUCUAUGGGAGAUCCCAUAUUCUUUCUUCACAAACAUGCCUUGUCUUUGUGUCCUCAAUUUGUCGUUUACGGACAUCAAGAGUUUACCAAAUUCCAUCUCUGAACUAAAGAACCUCACAACAUUGUUGCUUCGUGGCUGUGUUGGAUUAAGAGAUCUGCCAUGUCUUUCGAUGCUUCAAGAAUUGAAGAAGUUGGAUCUUUUUUGGACUGCAGUUGAGGAAGUACCUGAAGGCAUGGAUAUGCUGAUAAAGCUAAGAUACAUUGAUCUUGGAGGGCCCAAUCUGAAAGAGAUACCCGCUGGACUUUUACCAAAACUCGUUCACCUUCAGCACUUGAGUUUUGAUUUCUCUAACAUAAGUCUAAAAGCAGAGGAGGUAGUGCCAUUGGAGAAGUUGGAAUGCUUUAACGGAAGUUUCAAAGACAUUUAUGAACUCAAUAAGUUCAUCUCGUCAAUGCAGCAAAAUAAGAAAAAUCUCAUCAAGUACCAUUUACAGUUGGGCAUAGCUGAUCGGUAUGUUGGAAGAGAUAGAAGAUUAACAAUUGAAGAAGUCCACAAUUGGGAAGGUGACCUAAUUUUGCUCCCAAUUGAUAUUCAGGAGUUGCGUAUUAGUGAUUUCCACUAUAUGAGAUGCCUAGGCGAUAGUAUUUCUUGCUUAACAAAUGCGGUUGACUUGACAACAUGUACAAUUCAGUUUUGCAAAAGGAUAGAGUGUGUUGUUUCCUUAUCCUCUUUUACCUCUUCUUCCAUUCAUCCAUUUCAAAGCCUUGAGGUGUUGUUUCUAGGAGAUCUGCCAAAGUUGAGUGCCCUUAUUAUUAAAGACGAAGGAUUUGGUUCAACAACAACAUCAACAUUGGCUCCGUCUGCUACAUUUUCCAAUCUUAAGGAAAUCACUUUAACCGCAUGCUCAAGUAUGAAGACGUUGCUUCCACAUUGGUUGCUUCCAAACCUCCAAAACCUGGAAGAAAUAACAGUGUCUUAUUGUAACGAGGUAGUAGAAAUAUUGGGAGCACAAACAUCAAAAGUUGGAGAAAAAGGAAGUGAUGCAUUAAUCAAAUUCCAUCUUCCCAAAUUGAGGGAGUUGAAAUUGUGCGAAUUACCAAAAUUGAAGAGAAUCUGCAGCAAAACUGGAGUAAUGGUUUGUGAUUCUCUCCAACUUAUCGAUGUUAUGCUUGACUGUUAUAAACUGACGAGAAUUCCUCCAUUUGUUCCUCUUGUUGGCAAUGGGCAGCCAUUUGCAUAUGCUCCACCUUCUCUUACCAUCAGGUCAAGCGCACAAUGGUGGGAAUGGUUAGAGUGGGAUGACAAUCCAAACUUUAAAAAUGUUCUUCAACCCCUUUGGAAGAAUAGGAAGCAUUAAAGGUUCAUCGCAUAUUAGGAGUUGUGGACGAGCGACUAUCCUAAUCCCUACAUUCAAGCUUUAAAUCCUGGGAAUUUAUCUCUCUUCUUUUAUUAUAUUUUUAAAUAUUGAGUACAAACAUGGGAAGAUUUACAAUGUUUUUAUGUAUGUUUUUCUAUUUUAAAUCAUCAGGGUAAAAUAUCUCGUUAGUUAUUAUAAA